AACAAAAUGGGUUCCUAUGUGUUCAAUUUCAUUUUAUAAGGAUUUGCUUAUAAAGAAUACAAUCAAAAUCUACUGUUUGAAUGCAAAGAUGAGCUUGAAUAUCAUCGGUUAAGGUCUGAUCGUUCAAUAUGUCCGAGACGACCUGAUUUUAACAGGUUAUAUAACUCUUACUAUAGAGAAAAAUAUUGAUCUAAAAACGGGAAAGAAAUAGUCGAGCAUUUAGAAGAAAAAAAAGCAUUUUAUAUUGAUAAAUUUCCCGAUAGCGCUGUGCAUUUCCAACGAUACGAAGAAAAUGAUUUGACGACAACACCGUUAAUCUUAGUUAUAGUAACGCCCUUAAUGAAAAGAGUUCAUACCAUGGCGAGUACUUUCUUUUUCAUUAAACACUGUUUUUAUUUUUUAAGUCCUUUAAUUAUGUUUUUAUAUUUUGAAUGCUAAUUAUAGGAAAGUCAUUCUUCAGAAAUAGUCUUUGUUGACUCUUUUUCAAAUAUGGAUGCAAACAACCUUAGGGUUUUUCUCCUUUGUACUCAUAGUGUUGCUGGUGCUCUUCCUUUGGGUUUAAUAAUUUGCAGCGACGAAAAAACAGACACCUUAAUAAAGGCUUUUGAAGCAUACAAAAUUUUAUUACCUGAAAAUGCUUUUUUUAAUAAAGGAAAUCAAACUGGUCCUGAUCUUAUGCUCACAGAUCUUAGUUCACAUUCAGAGUUAAGAGAUUCAUUAUUAAACGUUUGGCCUUCCUCAUUGUUAUUACUAUGUACUUUUCAUCUUUUGCAACAAGUUUGGCGAUGGCUUUUUGAUAUUAAACACCAAAUUGAAAAAGUGGAUCGACCAGUUAUUAUGUCAAAUUUUAAAAACAUCGUUUACUCUGAAACAAUUGAGAAAUUUGAGGUUACUUUUUCGCAAUUGCUAUGUGACACUAUCGUUAGAAAAUACCCUAACCUAAUAUUUUAUUUAAAAAACAUUUAUGAAAUGAAAAAAUGUUGGGCAUUAGCAUUUCGCUCGACUUUACGAACACGUGGUAACAACACUAACAAUUACAUCGAAGCUCAAUUUUUAAUCAUGAAAGAUUUAAUUUUGCAAAGAGUGAGAGCAUAUAAUAUUAACGCACUAUUUGACAGUUUUACCGUCGAGUUAGAUCAAUAUUAUAAAAACAAAUUGUUAUCUGUAGCUAGUGCAUCUUUUGAUAGUUACAAUUCUCCUCGAUACUUUGGUAAACUCAUAAAAAACAAAGUAGGUAUUGGAUUUGUAAAGCCAUCAGCUGAGCAAAUUAGUACAAUGCUACGUGAUACACAAAAUGCCGAUUGCAACAUAUUUGUUGUUUUUAGUGCGUCUGGAAAAAAAAAUUAUACGGUUGAUAUGAAUAUUGGAAUAUGCGAAUGUCACGUCGGGAAAAAUGGCGCUCCGUGUAAACAUCAGUUUGUGCUUUGGUCUAAUGGCAUUGCAAACAGUUUGAACUUUAUGCCGAUAUUUAACAUUGACCAAAGAAAAUAUCUUGCUGAAAUUGCAUUAGAGUUAAAUAAAAGCAGCAGUAUUGUCGCUAACAGUGGUGAAGCUACUACCAUUUGUGAAAAGGAUGAUGCAUUAAGGAAGGAGGCUCUCCAAGCUCUAUCAAGUUCAUUUGAAACUCUACGUUCAAAAAUAACGAUUGGAGACAAAUCACUUUUACUUGGCAUUAAAAAAUUUAAUGAAAGAGGAGAGAAAAUGAGUUCAAGUUUACUUGCUACAAAUUUACACACAUUCGGUGUGAAGCAAUUUAGUCGGAAGAAAAACUCUGUAUUCGCGUCCUUGAAAAAAUUCCAAAAAAAUAAAAUUUGUGUCCAGCCUGAGGCAGUGAAGCGUCGUAAAGCAAACAACGGGGGGGAAAAGGGCUACACAAAAAGAAAAUUGUUCAUUUCUUAUGCCCUUAAAAACCCCAUCAAAAAAAAGAAGCCAUAAGUUUUCUGAAAACGUUAAGAACAACGAACCAGUUGCUA